AUGCUGGGCCGAGGAAAGGGAGGAAAGGGGCUAGGCAAAGGGGGAGCCAAGCGUCACCGUAAAGUUCUCCGAGACAACAUCCAGGGGAUCACAAAGCUGGCGAUCCGACGGUUGGCGAGACGAGGAGGGGUGAAGAGGAUAAGCGGCCUCAUCUACGAGGAGACACGUGACGUCCUUAAGAUCUUCCUCGAGAACGUCAUCAGGGAUGCCGUCAUCUACACCGCGCACACCCGGAGGAAGACGGUUACUGCUAUGGAUGUUGUUUACGCCAUCAAACGGCAAGGUUGA